AUGGUAAGCACUUCUUCAAACAGAAAAUCCUUCAUCGAUUCCUCCACAAAAAUAGCCAGACGUUACGGUUUCGAAGGCCUAGAUUUCUCUUGGUUAUUUCCAGCCACAAGUAUUGAUAUGUUCAAUAUGGGAAUUCUCUUUAAAGAGUGGAAAGCCGCUAUUGAUUUUGAGGCAACACACUCAAGCAGGUCUGCACUGAUCUUGACGGCAAAGGUUUAUAAUACACUAAAGAUUUAUUCAACAAGUUACCCUAUGGAGUCGAUACAACAACACUUGGAUUGGGUUUAUUUUUUUGUGGAUUACAUUAAAAAUGAUAUUAGCUGGGACAGGCAUACGAGCACUGAGGCAUCUCUGUAUAAUCCAUAUGAUUUUGACAAUGCGGAUUGCGGCAUAAGAGAAUGGAUCGAUGGAGGAUUAUCGGCUAAUAAAAUGGUGUUGACUUUACCUUUCUAUGGUUUUGCAUGGAGGCUGGAGAAUCCUAUGGACAAUGGUAUUGGUGCACCGGCAAAGGUACUUCCCACUAAUACGGAGAACGGAAUUGUGGCCUAUAGGGAAAUCAAGAAUUACAUUGACCAAUAUGGUCCUGAUGUUCAUGUUAGGUACAACUCAACUUAUGUGGUGAAUUACUGGACAAAGGGAACAACUUGGUACUGCUUCAAUGACGUUGAGGGGAUUAGAACUAAGGUUUCUUAUGCCAAGGAGAAGAAGCUGCUUGGCUACGUUGUGUGGCAAAUCCCCUAUGAUUAUAAUUGGAUGCUUUCCAGUGCUGCAGCUGAAGUGGGCAUAACUGAUUCUUCUGGCCAGGAUAGUAGAAAGGGACAAAAUGAUAAGAGGCAAUUGCUAGUAAUCAUUUUGUCUACAACAGCUGCUUUUGCUCUUCUAUUAGGAAUAUUUGUGAUAUUUUACUGCUGUAGGAGAAAUCUCGGAUUCAAAGGGUUUUUGGUGAACUCCACUAAGGAAUCCACUGAUAAAGCAAAUAAAGCAGCAUCCGCUGGAGACUUUAAUACCAACAUUCCUAAUCUGACAGAAUAUCAAUUGGGUGAUAUAGAGGCAGCCACCAAUGGAUUUUCAAUUGAAAAUAAGCUUGGACAGGGUGGAUAUGGCCCUGUUUACAAGGGAACACUACCAGAUGGACAGUUAAUAGCAUUGAAGAAACUUUUAAAAAUAUCCACACAAGGAUUUGAAGAAUUCAAAAAUGAGGUUAUGCUUACUGCCAAGCUACAACAUGUAAAUCUUCUCCAAGUUUUGGGUUUUUGCAAUUAA